CAGAGGCCUCGCGCCUCCGCCUCCCGACCCGCCCCUCRCUCCGCGCCAGGGAACCCAGGGGCUUGGGCCUAGGACCCUGACCCGCCAAGCUACAGGGUUUGCUUCCAGUGAGGCACCUGUGUAAAGCAGGUGUGACAUGCAAAAGUUUGCAGAAAAACAAUGAAGGCGGUUCCUGGAAACUCUGAAGCCAUCUAGAGACAGAGCUUAUAACCCACACCAUGGAUAACUUAUUGGACUUUGCCUGAAAGGAGUCAUUAGUGCCAUUGGAUAUUUGACCAUCCUGGCCACAGGUUUUUUCAGAAUGAAUGGAAGGUCAUGCAGCAUGAGUCUCCACCGGACAUCAGGAACCCCACAGGGGCCUGGGAUGGUCAGUGGCCAACAUAUUCCUCCCAUCCGAGCCCACUCGGGGACUCCUGGCCCCUCGUCCUGUGGCAGCACACCAAGCCCUGCUAUUGGAAGCCUUGUUAACAGCCUCCACCUCAAGAUGCCCUCAGGAGGAGGGAUGGCUCCUCAGAACACCCUGACUGAGAGCUCUGUCCACCUGCCUGCCCUGAGCCCCAGGAGACAAGUGCUCACCAAUGGGAAGCCACGAUUCCAGGUCACCCAGGCUGGAGGCAUGUCAGGGUCACACACUUUAAAGCCAAAGCAGCAAGAGUUUGGAACCCCUUUUUCUCCAAAUCCUGGGAAAGGGGCUCUUGGCUUUGGGCCUCAGUGCAAGUCCAUUGGAAAAGGCAGCUGCAACAAUCUAGUGGUCACCAGCAGUCCCAUGAUGGUUCAGCGACUGGGACCCAUUUCACCUCCAGCAAGCCAGGUCUCCACAGCAUGCAAGCAGAUCAGUCCUAGCUUACAGAGGGCAGUGAAUGCAGCCAACCUGAAUAUACCUCCUUCAGAUACCAGGUCCCUUAUUUCACGGGAGUCUCUGGCAUCCACGACUUUGAGUCUCACGGAAAGUCAAUCGGCCUUGAGUGUGAAACAAGAGUGGUCUCAGGGCUACAGGGCUCUGCCUUCGCUUUCCUCCAACCAUAGCUCUCAGAAUGGUGUGGAUCUAGGGGACUUCCUUGGCCUUCCUCCAGGGACAUCCAUGUCCAGCAAUAGCAUCUCUAACUCAUUGCCAUCCUAUCUUUUUGGCAUGGAAAAUACCCACUCUCCUUACCCUAGUCCCCGGCAUUCAUCCACCAGAUCCCACUCAGCCCGCUCGAAGAAGAGAGCACUGUCCUUGUCGCCCUUGUCAGAUGGCAUCGGGAUAGACUUCAAUACCAUCAUCCGCACCUCACCCACGUCCUUGGUUGCCUAUAUCAAUGGGCCGAGGGCAUCCCCAGCCAACAUGUCCCCGCAGCCAGAGGUCUACGGGCAUUUCCUGGGGGUACGCGGCAGCUGUAUUCCCCAGCCAUGUGCAGUACCUGGCAGCCAGAAGGGCGUGCUGGUGACCAGUGGUGGCCUGGCGCUACCGGCCUAUGGUGAUGAUGGAGUACUGGAGUAUGAGCGCAUGCAACAGCUGGAGCACGGUGGCCUUCAGCCCGGGCAGGUCAACAAUAUGGUGGUGCAGCAUGGCCUGCCGGGCCCUGAAGGCCAACCUUCUGGCAUGCUCAAGACUGAGCGACUGGAGGACUUCCCAGGUGGUACCCUGGAUCUGCCACCCGCUCCCCCCCUACCUCCCUUGCCACCGCCUCAAGGUCCCCCACCACCCUACCAUGCCCACCCUCACCUUCAUCACCCAGAGCUAGUGGCCCACAGCCAGCCACUGGCACUGCCUCAAGCCACCCUGGACGAUGAUGGAGAGAUGGAUGAUGGUGGGGGCAAGCACUGUUGUCGCUGGAUAGAUUGCAGCGCCUUGUAUGACCAGCAGGAGGAACUUGUGCGGCACAUCGAGAAGGUCCACAUUGAUCAGCGAAAGGGGGAAGACUUCACUUGCUUCUGGGCUGGCUGCCCUAGAAGGUACAAGCCUUUCAACGCCCGCUAUAAACUGCUGAUCCACAUGAGGGUCCACUCUGGGGAGAAGCCCAACAAGUGUACGGAAAGGGCAGAUGACCCCUUUGUGUUUGGUGACCAUGACUACAAGAAGCACAAAGAGCUUGUGGAAGUUAUGGCCUGGCACAAUGGCAGAGAUAUUCCCAGCCAUGACAAAAAGGCCUUGAGAAGUAAAGGCCAUGGCAGACAGACAGAUCUCAGCUAA